AUGGAGGGUACUGUAGGUACUCGUAUUGCCUUUGCUGGAGUUCGUAUAAUUGAAGUGGUGAUACCAGGAUUCACUCGUGUUAUCAGAGGUAGUGUUAUGCCUAUAUCUGAGCAUCCAGGCCAGCAUGGUGAUCUAGUUGUUACUUUCGAUAUUAUAUUCCCUAACACGAGGAACCUGUAG